AUGUUCAAACGCUGGUUCAGUUCGAAAAAACGUGAGGAAAUUUCUCAGCCUCAUUUCAGAGAUAUUCGUUCCUCCCAGCAAGCCGACCUCACAGGAACCAAGUAACAACGAAUGCACAAAGAUUUGCAGGAGAUUGCCAAGCUAAAGAAGACUAUGCAGUUGCCUAAAAAAUUUGCUUAGUCUGUUAUUGAGCUUGAGAUUCAGUGCGAAAGACCAGAUGCUACAAAGGAACACGUUAAAAAGUUGAUGGAUUUGUAUACAACUGCGAUUGAGUACUACAAUUGUAACAGCGAUACUGAUAAUCAACGAUUUUUCCAAAACAAACUUCAUGGCAUGUUAAAUAGACCCGACAUCAAACUGUUAGUGGAUUUCAAUGACCAAAACUAGACUGUCCAAUAGACUUUGAAAAGUAUACAAGGUAAUGUUCAAACAAAUUAAAUGAGACCUCCUUAAUCCGCGAAUUUGAAAUAAAUGAGAGAAAAAUAAAUCGCGAAAAAGAAGUUUGAAGAUGCUCUUUAGCUUAAAAUAUAUAAUCAUGAAAAGAAGCAUGAGGUCAAAUAGGAAUAGAUCAUAGAGCAACAAAUGCAAAAAUAGGAAGAAGUCAAAAAGGUAGUUUAGAGAGAAUAGCAUUUACAAAGUGAGCAAUUCAGAAAAAGAUUAGCUGAGAGACAGCGUAGUAAAAACAAUAGAUCAGUCAGUCACAAUAAGAUGUUUAUGAAUUCCAGUCUCAGCUUCAAUUUCAAUGCUAUGCGCACUGCUAAAGACGGUGGAUUUGGCGCACAAGCUGACUAAAGUAACAAUGACUUCGAAACUUAAUCUGUGAAUAAUAUUGGCUAUGAUUCAACUAAGAAGUUUGGACAGAGUAAAAUAGGAUUACUCUCAAAAAUGAAUAGCUCCGUCUAUAACUUUGGAGGCGGUGGGAAUCAUAUCUCAGGAAAUGAAAGCUUUUUCUCCUAUGGGAAAUCUUAAGGAACCAUUGGAGGAGGACUUGCAUCUAAGAUAAGUAUGGCUUUAUCGAGAAUCGUGUACAAUAGAACUAACUCGAUGAAUGAUGAUGAGGAUGUUGCAGAUUUGAUACAGUUGAUAGAAGAAUUAAAUCAGCAUAAUGACCUAACAGUCAAACUUAACAACUAAUCAAAGAUCUGUAAAAUCCUUGAAACUAAUGAUGAAUUUUAAUCGAGGUAGCAAUAGAAUAGCUAGCCUGCUGCCCAAGAAUUAAGACAAGUAGAUUCAUAGAAAGAGGAGAAAGCUGAUACUUAAAUUAAAAACAAUGGAACUGGAACUAUUAAUGCACCUGCAUCAACUGCCACUACGACACUGGGCUUUAACGUUAAAGACAUAAUGGAGUAAUGCAAGUCAGCUUUAUAAAGUUUGUAAGAGUAAAAAGAGAAGGCAAUAGAGGAAUUCCUUGAGAACCACGCAGAGGAGAAAUUCGCAUCUACUUAAGAGAUUAAGAUGAAGUAUUAGAAAAUGAUUAAUAUGCUUAAAAACUCCAAAGAUAUUAAAAAGGACGAGAAAAUUUAGGGGUAUGAAGACAAAAGGAAGGCUGAAAUUGAGCAGAUGCAAAAUCAGCUAAUUGAAAAGAAGCAAGAAGGGCUUAAAGAAAUCAAGGAUAGAUUCAAUGAGAUGAGUUCUCAGGUCAGAAUUGAUGCUAAAGCUGUUGCAGAAGCAGUCAGGAAAUAGAUACUUAAGGACAAACCAAGUGUAAUGGGUGCAGUUGAGAGUCCUAUCAAAUCAAAAUAGAUCGAUGAGGAGCUAAACUUCGCGGUAGCAUCCAAUGAGUAUGGUCUCAGCGAGUAAAUUAGAAACAGAGAGUCUACUGGUUAUAUAGGCAAUCUUAGACACUGA